AUGGUCGUACUAUAUAAAGACAUUGCUAAUAAAGCAGAGAAUGUCCUUCGUGAUGACUAUGACUUCUCCCGCAAGCUCAAAAUUAAGACUAAAGCAGCAAAUGGUGUCACUUUUACAACCGAGGGUGAUAUGGCUAGCAACAAGGCCAUCCUUGCAAAGCUCUCGGGGACUUUUACGCAUCAAAGCACUGGUGUCGUAUUCAAGAAGCUACAGGUGACCACUCACGGUCGGCUGAUCUCUGAGGUUGAACUGCCUGAUGUCUUUACUAGGGGACUUAAGCUCACGGCAAAGGUAGAGGACGGUUCGCUUGCCAAGAACGCGCACGCUAAGCGCAUUGGCGUCUUUGGCUGGGAGUAUCAGCAGUGGAGAUACUCUGUGAACGGCGCCAUUGAUGUAGGGGCCCGCACAAUCAGCAAAUCUAUCGCCUAUGGCUUUGACAACGUUCUGGUCGGUGCCCAAGCCGCCUACAACUACAACAAGUCGGCGGUCGUAGACCACAACGUGGCUCUGAGCUACCGUGGCAGCGACUUUACCGCUACGCUGCAGACUAAGAAGAAAUUCAACGCGCUUUCCGGUUCAUUCCAUCAUCAUCUGUCCCGUGACACCGUCUAUGCGGCCGUGUUCAAUUACGACCUCAAGUCGGGCCAGAACACACUCAGUGUGGGCGGCCGUUACAAUGCUGACAAGCUUACCACGUACGCCGGUAAGGUCGAAUCCGAUGGCCAUGUUUCUUUGGCUUUGAUCCAGAAGAUUCGCCCCUUUGUGGCGCUGACUACGAGCGCCCAUGUGGACGUCAAGAACUUUGAUGGUGAUGCUCACAAAUUUGGCAUUGGUCUCACUCUUGGCUAA